GUUCGCUGCAGAGCCUUUCAUUGAUAAAGUAGCGCUGGUGUGAGCCAGAGGACUGCAGCUGGACACAUCACACACGCCUCAUACACACACUGGGUUUUUGUUUACAGGCUGACAUCACUGCGGCAUCAAUGCAUUCACUCACAGUGCACUCCAAACAACUGCACCACUGAGGACACACACACACACACACACACACUAAUCACACAGGGACAUGCUCUUAUUGAAACGGACAUCAACAUCAUCAGCAGACUCUCCCUCCUCUUUUGGGUGUGUGGGCAUAGUUCAGUGACAAAAAGGGAAGGGACACCUGUAACUGAGGAGCAGGAGUUGGUGCCUCAGAUCUGGGACCAGUUUUCGGAGGAAUCCUCGGAUUAAAAAGCUGUUAAAGCUGCAGCGGAACCAGCCAACGCACCAGCACCAAGCCUGUCCGUCAUCCUGGGAUCUACGGAGGCAAGCGGCGUGCCGGUGUCGGCCAUGAAGCUGGUGAACGGGGGAGGAGGAGGAGGAGGAGGAGGAGGAUCUGGGGGAGGUGGAGGAGGUGCAGGAGUGGGAGGAGGGGGAGAGAAGACUGCCUUUUCCUUUAAGAAGUGCUCUGCUUUCCAGUUUGUCAAGAGAAAGGUACGAAGAUGGAUGAGGAACCCCAAGAUGAGCGUGGAGAAGACCCAAGGGAAAGGCCUCCUUUACUCCUGUCCAAGGUGUCCGCUGGCCGAGGACCUGUGGUACACACACUUCCCCUCGCCUUACGGCUGCUGUCACUACGGCGGCCUGCAGGGCGGCCAGUAUUACCACCAGGAGCCGUGCUCGCCAUGCCCUGCCAGCGGGCAAACCAGCGUCCAUGAUAAGAGCAAGGGCUGCAAGGUCAGGAAGUGGAAAAUGCUGUCUCGCCAUCAUGGCGACGGUGCAGGCAAGCAGAAGGAAGCAGAGUCAGACAUCCACCUAGGGGGCUGUCAGUCCUGGGGGAUCCAUGCCUCGCCUCUCCUGGCCAGCCCUGUCAUGCUGGAGUGCUCCAUCUGCAGUGGGCCCUACAUCAGCUACACCCUAGAGGAUACCUGGCAGCCACGUCAACGCACACAGGCGAUGGACCUGUACUACCACAAUGAGUCAGACCCAGACAGUUACUGUUGCCCUGGCGACAACACUUUUAUGAAACAGAGGAGGAUGGGUCUGAACGACUUCAUUCAGAGGCUUGCCACAAACUCCUACGCCUGCAAGCAUCCUGAAGUUCAUUCUAUUUUGAACUUGAGUCCUCCUCAAGAUGCUGAGCUCAUGAACACAAACCCCUCUCCCCCUCCUAGUCCAUCCCAGCAGAUCAACCUCGGUCCAUCCUCCAACCCCUCAGCCAAACCCAGUGACUUCCACUUCCUCAAGGUAAUCGGCAAGGGCAGCUUCGGCAAGGUCCUGCUCGCACGCCAUCGCACAGAUGACCAGUUUUACGCAGUCAAAGUCUUACAGAAAAAGGCCAUCCUCAAGAAGAAGGAGGAGAAACACAUCAUGUCAGAGAGGAAUGUGCUGCUAAAGAAUGUCAAGCACCCGUUUUUGGUGGGCCUGCACUACUCUUUCCAAACAGCGGACAAACUCUACUUCAUCUUGGACUACAUCAAUGGAGGAGAGUUGUUCUACCACCUACAGAGAGAACGCUGCUUCCUUGAGCCCAGAGCCAGAUUCUACGCAGCAGAGAUUGCCAGCGCACUGGGCUACCUCCACUCCCUCAACAUUGUCUACAGAGACCUGAAGCCAGAGAACAUCCUGCUGGACUCACAGGGACACAUCAUUCUUACAGAUUUCGGCCUGUGCAAGGAGAACAUUGAACCCAACGGGACCACGUCGACUUUCUGCGGUACGCCAGAGUAUUUAGCUCCUGAGGUUCUACACAAGCAACCGUAUGACAGGACAGUAGACUGGUGGUGCUUAGGAGCUGUUCUCUAUGAGAUGCUCUAUGGCCUGCCUCCAUUCUACAGCCGUAACACAGCGGAGAUGUACGACAACAUCCUGAACAAGCCGCUGCAGCUGAAACCCAACAUUUCCAAUGCAGCCAGGCACCUGCUGGAGGGCCUGCUGCAGAAGGACCGAACCAAGAGGCUGGGCUGCACAGAGGACUUUAUUGAAAUUAAGAACCACAUAUUCUUCUCCCCCAUCAACUGGGAUGACCUCAAUGCCAAGAAGAUCACGCCUCCCUUCAACCCCAACGUGACGGGACCCAACGACCUGCGGCACUUUGAUCCAGAGUUCACAGAUGAGCCGGUGCCCAGCUCCAUUGGCUGUUCCCCAGACAGCGCGCUCGUCACGGCCAGCAUCAAAGAGGCUUCCGAGGCCUUCGUGGGCUUCUCCUAUGCCCCAUCUAUGGACUCCUACCUAUAGGAUUUAAACACAGGCACUCAAUAUGGGCACCAAUUCACACUCAUCGGACAUGAACUGUGGGGUGUCCUUGGACUUGCAUCUUGACCCCGACUUACAUUUCCCAUCAGGAUGAUGGAUGUUUCCGAACCAACCCCUGCAACAACUGCAAAUAAUUUACACAUGUGUACUUGCCAUAAUCUGCUCUUGCUACAAGAGGAUGCCUGCCAUAAUUAAAUGAUUCAUUGGGGUUGUAAUCCUCCAUCUUACCCUGAUUUAUCAACGCACAAUUUCUUCAACCUUCCACAACAAACACCAACACUCUGCAGCCUUCAAUUGUCCAUCUCUUACCCGAUAGUGGAGGUCCUUUGCACAUAGACCAGGCAGCUUAAAGGCCCACCUCAACCCUGAAGCCACAACCGACAAGCACACGCACCAAUUUCCACCUUUUCUCAAAAGAGGAAGGCUGGACCGUACUGUACCAGCCCUAAAAAGGAUUUCCAUCUUCAUCUCUGUAGCGAGACAUCUUCUCUCUUUUGAGAUUCUGUCUAACCACCCACAGGGACCUGUUGAGUUUGAAUGAGUAGCUUGGAGAUGACGUUCAUUUUGGUGCUUUAGUUUCUUCUCAUUUGCUUUCUGUGUGUUUGAAAAGGGAGUCAUUUGAAGCUGAAUGUUACAGAGGGGGAUCUUUUAUUAUUUUUUUCUCUCAAAUGUGCCUUUAUUUUUUUUCUCUCCAUCAGAACAUCUUUUGGGUUUGUCUGUGUCAACCUUAACGUCACAGCGUUUCGUCCGCUCCACACCUGCCCGCAGGUGGGAGGAACGAUGUAGCACUAAAUUAAGACACCUGUUCUGUCUUUAACGCGUGAGACGCAGGAACUCAGAGGAUGUUUCAUAACUUCAUUUGCACAUAAAACAAUAACGGUAAUGCUGAUAGAGAGAGAGAGAGAAAGAGAGAGCACUGCUGCUAGGUGAGAACGAGAGUGAUGUGUUCAGAUGUGUUUGUGUAGUUCUGCUUGCCAACUGUGUCCCCCUCAUUUAGUCUUCCUCACAAUAAUGUAACGACAACAAUGAAACUGAACAUUCCAUUUUAAUAUUGCUAUAAUGCAGUUUGACGGUAUUUAAGUUUGUAUAUUUGGAGUCAUGUGUACUAGUUUUAAUGUAUAUUGAACAAAAAAUGACUAAAGGUAUGCUUAAAUAUGUAUGUAACAAUUCAUGUUAAAUGUACUGUAAAUUGUAAAAUUGUUUAAGAUUUAUGUGACCAUGUUUGGUUUGCAAUAAAAGUUUAACUUUA